AUGUCCACAAAUUCCUCAAAUUUCUUCGAUUCCUACCCAAUCGAAUGCGAUGUUUCCUAUGAUCCACUUCUCGAAUUUCUAAAAUUCUUCCUUCAGGCAAUUUAUCUGCUCCCAGGCUCUCUAAUAAUCCUAAAACUCCUCUACAUAAUUCUAUUUGCCCAGCGCUCGAAGUACAAAAAUAAUUAUUUUUUUCGAUUUUAUGUGCUAGAUUUGCUAGCAAGUUUCUAUAACUCAUUCAGUGAUUUGAUUUUUGGCAGAUUUUUUAUAUAUAUUACACCAUUGUGUGGAAUUAUUGCACCUUUUUUCUACGAUUUCUCGAUUUUUCUCCAAAUCUCAAAUAAUUUAUAUAAUUAUUGUCGAGCGCUGAAAAGUGUCACACAAAUAUUGCUCACCACAAAUCGUAUGACUUGCGUGAUGUUUCCAAUUUUCCACCAGAAAAUUUGGAAGACAUCUUUCAAAAUUGUAGUUAGCAUAACUCUAAUCCUCCCAUUUUUCGCGAUUUGGAAUUUGAUAAUUUCGAGAAAUUAUAUCACUGAAACUUUUGGCGGGUUUCAUGUUAAUCAUAAAAAUGCGAUCUCUUGGGCAAGUUUAUCCAAGUUUCAAUUGGCUUUUAUCAGUGUGGCGUUGGUUUUCACAUUUUUGAAUACAGGUAUGGAGGAGGUGGAAUUGGGGAGUGUCGUUUGAAAAUAUUUUCCACGUGAAUUUUUUUGAAUUGAACACGUUUUUUGAAGUCCAAUGAAGCUAAAAAUUUUAGAAUUUAUUUUUUUCGCGGAAAAAAAGCAGAGCGUCAUUGCGGAGCCUCGUUGCGAAUUAUUAUUCUUCAUUUUUUCCAGCCCUAACUCUCUACGGCCUUCACAAUCUAUCAAAUCGCGUCAAAAGCACCGAAAAAACCCUAUGCCUAACCUCAUUCAUAAUUUCUAUUGGAUUUUUUGCCGCCGGCGUUUUUCAAUUCGUUUUCGCUUUUUGUAAGAGUUGCAGUUUUCCCGUGCUCGGGCAGAAAACGGCGAGGUCGCUACCAAUCGGGGCGGAGUCGCUACACGUUUCGGGCGACUGGCCCGAGGCUGUUUGGGCGAGCUUGGAGCGACUCGCCCGAGUGCGAAGCAACUUGCCCCGUUCUCGCCCCGAUCCACUCUCUCGGAGGGUGUCCAGAAGCAUUUUUCAAAAACUGUAUCUAUGGAGCAAAAGUAGAUCUACUUAUAGUUUUAUUACCCUACAUUUAUAUGGGCCAUUUUAUCACUGAAUCACUGUGAAAUCCCGAAAAAAAAGCAUAAAAACCAUGAUUUUAAAAAUGAGCAAAAAUUGUAGCGAGUUGCCCGGUACUCGCUACUUUUGAGGCGCGUUUGGGGCAACUCGCUACAAAACGAGUCUCGAAAAUUGUGUAGCGAGUCGCCCCGAGCUAUGUCGUUUUUUGGCCGAGUGCUUUUUGGUGUUCAAUUUUUGACAUUUGAUUUGAUUAAUAUUGGGUAAGUCUUACUGAAAAUUUGCCACGUCAUAACUCAUUUUAGAUCUCCCUUAAUGAUGAUUAUUAUGAAUUCUGAAUUGAGAGCUGAAGUUAUGCCUGGAUUCUUCAAUAAAUUACCGCAGACAACUAGAAUUUCAGUUCUGUCAACAAAUUCUUCUUGAAUGAAAAUUUUUCGCUUUUACAAAAUCAAGGUGCCAGGUUCGAUUCCCGGUACACGCUAAAUUUUUUAUUUUUUUUUUCCGAAAAACCAGUCGAAUUAUUCGUGGCUCAUGAAACGCCAAAAAUAAGUUCAGUUAGAGACCGUUCGACGAUGAGAGAGUGUAGAGAUACGAGAGAGCGCAGACAUUUAAUACUAUUUGUGAACUGACUCUUCUUUUUUCGACUUUUUUUGUUUCGGCAAAAGUCAACUGUAAAGUUUACUUUUACUUUGUUUUGUUUUUAUUUUAGAAAAAAGUAUGAAAAAACUUGUGAUUUUCGUGCUGAUUUUGGGAUUUGAGCAGAGUUUGGAGCAAACGGUGAGUUUUUUUUUUGGGGAGGGGAAAAGUGGGACUUUUUUCAGAAUCAAAAAGGUUUCAAAAAAUUUAGUGACUUUGCCACGUGGAUUCACUGGACUGAAAAUCACGAACUUUGCAAACUAAAAUUUUGCCACGUGGAUUUUUAAAAAUUUUUUUGAAGUUCUAAAAAAUUUGGUUUCACUGGUCCAAAUUUCGCUACGUGAAUCUUUGAAGUAAAAAAUGUUAAAAUUUUGCCACGUGGAUUUCUAGAAAUCCACGUGGCAAAAAAAGAAAUUUCUUGAAGUCAAAUAAAAAAAAACAAGAAUGAAACACCGGCUAUCGCCGGUGUUCAUCCUUGUUUUUGCUUCGCAGCCUUCGGCUGCGAAUUGUGUUCUCUGCAGACACAAAAAAUUCAGAAUUAUAAAUUGUCACGCCUGUGUCGUGGUUCCCUAAACUUAAAAUGUUCCGCUAACUUUUUUCAGUGUAAAAAUUGUAAUUUUUCGGUUUUUGGACCUCUAAAAUACUCAAAUUUUGAUAAUUCUCAAAAUUGUUAUCUAGCCCACGACCCCACAACGGAUUGCCCGAGGUGUUUCCGAACUCUUUUAUUGGAAAACUUUGGCACAGGACAUAAAAUAGGUCCCCCGAGCCAGUUUUUUUCAGUUAGGGUCCCUCUUUGAAAAAUUUACAAAGUUAAACCCCAUUCCUCACAUUUUUGAACGAAGGCAAAUCUGGGAAUUUUGGUAAAUCAUCAAGAGAAAAUUGGCCAAGUUAGACACCCUUCCCUUCAAAUUUUAUAGCAACAGCUGAACAUUUAUUGGUUGAACUUUGAAGGGUUUCUUUCGGAAAAUACGAAAUUGAUUAUUGAAAUGGAAUCGCAAAUAAAAAAUCAGUCCCUGCCUUAUUUUUGCUUUUCACAAAUUGGUUCCGUGUCACUAAUUUUCAAAAAGAGUCGGCCAUUGCAAAAUGGGUCUUCGAUAAUUUUCUAAAUUUUUGCAAAAUGGUUCCGCGAAAUCGGUUCAAACUUCAAUAAGUACUAUUGUUUUGCGGACUCAUUUUGAAAUUUUUCUGGAAAACUCUCGGAUGCCUAUUUUGAAAUAGCUGACUGAUUAUUAAAAAUGGAGCGAGCUAUUUUUGAAAUCACGGAUCCUUUUCAAAUCGAAAAGGUAGGUACGCACUCAUUUUUAUUUUGCAAACCUUCUUUCAUGGUGUGCCUCGAACUUUUUCGAGAGACCAUUUCAAAAUGAGCAUAUGCCCUCAUAUCACCCUGAUAGAUGGCUGCAUUUUUAUUGUAAAAUAUUAUUUUCCUGUAACACUGUUGGAAUCCUACAGAAUUGUUGAAUUUUUUUUUUGAGAUCUCACAAAUAACAAACUGAAUAAGUAUCAAUUUCCAAAUACCGAGAGAUGACACAAAAAUGAAAAAGCUAGAUUUUCAUAACUUCACUUCAUGGUUCAGGUUAUAGAGUGACAUUCAGGAGUUCUUGAUAGUUUAGUUUCAUUUCCUAUAGCCACUUUAUUCAGAAUUCAGCAAAAUUGAAGUGGAAUAAGAUCAUUAUGUGAAUUCUUUUCGAAAUUUUGAAAUGAGAAAAGAUAAAAAGAUUUUCACGUUUGAAUUAAAAAUUCGAAAGUGGGGCAUUUAUAUAGGUCAAACGGGACACUUUUCGAUUUAAGCCCAAUAAUAUAUAAGUAUGAUAUGUGAAUUCUUUUCGAAAUUUUGAAAUGAGAAAAGAUAAAAAGAUUUUCACGUUUGAAUUAAAAAUUCGAAAGUGGGGCAUUUAUAUAGGUCAAACGGGACACUUUUCGAUUUAAGCCCAAUAAUAUAUAAGUAUGAUAUGUGAAUUCUUUUCGAAAUUUUGAAAUGAGAAAAGAUAAAAAGAUUUUCACGUUUGAAUUAAAAAUUCGAAAGUGGGGCAUUUAUAUAGGUCAAACGGGACACUUUUCGAUUUAAGCCCAAUAAUAUAUAAGUAUGAUAUGUGAAUUCUUUUCGAAAUUUUGAAAUGAGAAAAGAUAAAAAGAUUUUCACGUUUGAAUUAAAAAUUCGAAAGUGGGGCAUUUAUAUAGGUCAAACGGGACACUUUUCGAUUUAAGCCCAAUAAUAUAUAAGUAUGAUUUCAGAAAAAGUUGAUAUGGAUUUUUUGAAGCUGAAAUUUUUUGCCACGCGGAUUUUCAGACCUGACCUCGAUUUUUCCAGUGUCAAUGUACCAAUCAACCCUCCUGCUCCGUGAACUACGAUACCAGAUAUCAAGCAGACACUCUUGAAGAAGCCAUGGCCUCCUUCCCCGAUUUAUCCCUGGACUCGGAUUCUCAAACAUCUCUAGAUUCCGAUGUUGGAUGUUUAACUGAAGAAUGUCAAGAUUGUCAGAAGGAUCUGAAAAAACAGCUGAAAAAAGUGGGACUUCUUCAACCGGAUAUUAAUGAUAUUUUUAUGACAAAUCAAUUGAAUUCGACUUCGAGUUGUCGGAAAUAUCGAUUCAGUUUGCAGAAGAAUAUGGGUAAAUUUUGAGGAAAUGCUGAAAAUUUGGGAGUUUUUGAGCUAAAAAUCUUGAAAAUUCAGCAGUUUUUAACCAAACUAGAUCAAUUUUCAUGAAUUCUAGCUCAAAAAAUCGCAAAUUUUCAGCUAAAUUUCUAGAUUUUCCCAUCCCACUUCUAAAUAUCCUAACAUGUCUCAAUUUUUCUAGAAUCUAACCAAGAAAAUUCAAAGGAUGAUUCAGAGGAUAGUAGUGAUGAGAAAGAGGAUCAGGAGAGAGUACAGAGCAAAGGUGGAAGACGGCGGGAAAAACGACAAGUUUCGACAACUUCACAGAAUAUCACUGAAGUUGUGGGUGAGUUGGGCUAAGUUUGAUUUUGAAAAAGGUUAGGUAAUUAUUAGAAGCCUGGGAAAUAAUCUAGAAGGUUUUGGAGGUUUUCUGAUUUUUUAGAAGCUCUGGAAAAUUUUGAGAAGCCCAGAAGAUUUCAGAAAUUUCAAGAAGCUCUGAAAAUAAUUCAGAGAAUUUUUCUGAACUUCUAGAAUCUCCUGUGAUUCUCUAGAAGCUCUGGAAGUGUUUUCUGAGUUUUCAAAAUUCUGAAAAUGGUUGAGAAAAAGUUUCAAAUUCUUCAGAAGCUUUGGAAAUUCUCAGAAUAGUUAUCUGAAAUUCUAGAAGCUCAUAGAAUUUCUCGGUAGCUCCCAAACUGCAAGGAUUACUGUACCUGAAAAAAUCCCAAGAUUCUUAAAGGCACACGCUACACAAUUUCGUGCACAACAAAAGGCAUCGACGUGGAUUCGACGGGUACUGUAUCGCUAUGCUCAUCUUGUUGGGUUUGGCGAAAAUUACCGGCUAAUUAUCGACCACAGUAUGUUAAUGAGUUGAUUUGUGACAACGCGGAUGGAACUUGUUUGAGUGGUAAGAUGCCACGUGGAUUUUUGACGUCAAAAAUUCAUUAAUUCCAGGCUACGCGACCUGUUCCAUCGGCCACCGUACCUUCGACGCGAUUCGAACCGAUCCAACAACCGGCAAAACUGCUACAGUAACCCUACAAGCUGGAAGCUAUUGUGAAUGUCGGGCUACGGUAUGUGCCUUGAAUCUUUCUUCCUAUGCGCCUAUAUGAUAUUUUUGCAGAGUCAAUCCUCGAUUCAAUCUUUGGUUUCAGGCGCUGGAAUUAGUGGAGUCUAUAAUCCAAAAAUUAUUGGCUAA